UGUCUGUUUAAUCAAAUUAUGUGUCUGUAAGACACCCUGUUUGAUCCAUCUCUCUUCAGACUCACCGCUGAAACUGUUCGUCGUCUCUGAAUAUACCAAAUGCGGCCUUGCUGUAGCUCAAAGCGUGUUGCAGCUCUCGAUCAAACAGUGCCUUGUCCGGCUCCGCUCUGCCUUUCCAGCCGCGGAGAGCCGCCAGCUUGGCCUUGCUGUCGUACAACAGCUUCUCGUACUUGUGUACGUCUGCCUCGGGGAUUUGAGACGCCAUCAGUUUCCCUCUCAGCCCAGCUUGAGAGCUCACACCUCGGCUCGGUCGGCUUGUAGUUUACGGUGUACGGGCUGCUGAAUCAGCAUUAUUCCGAAAGAAGGGCGUGGCACGUUCAUGGACCUUGUGAUGAAAACUCGCGCCGCGUGAGCCGCUCUGACACAAGUGCUGAGCUGAGCGAACAGUAGGGAGGAGAACGGACAGAUUCUCUUAGUGAGAGAGAGAGGGAGGAAGAUGGUGAAGCAGUAUCGAGGUCAGAGCUACACAAAGCUCCACAACAAUGCCACGAGAACUCGGCAGCUGUUCACGGACCCUCUCUUCCCUCCGACGGGGGAGUCCCUGGGCCACACCACCAAUCAGGAGAUUGUCUGGAAAACGGACCCUCUGAGAUCUGUGAUAAUCCCCAGCUGGUGGUGAAUGGAGUGAGUACAACUGACCUCAAUCAGGGAGUUCUCGGUAACUGCUGGUUCGUGGCUGCCUGCUCAUGUCUCGCUUCCGAACCCAAACUCUGGGAGAAAGUCAUUCCUCACUGGAAGAAGCAGGAGUGGGAUUCAGCCCACCCAGAGAGCUACGGAGGAAUAUUUCACUUCCACUUCUGGCGUCUCGGAGAAUGGGUGGACGUUGUUAUUGACGACUAUCUCCCCACCAGGAGUGGAGAGCUGGUGUACAUGAAAUCCCGAGACAGGAAUGAGUUCUGGAGUGCUCUGCUGGAGAAGGCCUAUGCCAAGUUGGCAGGCUCCUACGAGGCUCUGGCAGGGAGGCCAGACAGGAGAUGCUCUGGUGGACUUCACCGGAGGAGUGAAUGAGGCAAUCAACAUCGGAGAGGGUGGCUAUGAGAAUGAUGAGGACAAGAAGACUGAGCUCUUUGAGAAAAUGGUGGAAGCUCAAAAGCACAAAGCAAUGAUCUCCUGUUCCAUUGCACUCUCAGAAGGAGAUGCUCCUGAGAAGCAACUGGACUGUGGUCUUAUCAAAGGCCAUGCUUACGCAAUCACUGACAUCAGGAAGAUGUCACUGAGCUCUGGACUGAUGUCGAUACUGGGGAGGAGGUCUGGGAAUCUGAUGAUGCUCAAACUGAGGAACCCGUGGGGCAAGAAGGAAUGGAAUGGAGCCUGGAGUGACCAAUCUGAAGAGUGGAAGAAGGUUCCCGCCAAAGAGAGGGAGAAGAUGAACAUCAAGAUCGAUGAUGACGGGGACUUCUGGAUGGAGCUUCAUGACUGGGUUCACUGGUUCACUGACGUCAGUCUCUGUAGACAGGUGAACACCAGUCUCUUGAGUCUGCAGAAGAACUGGCAUGAAGGGACAUUCCACGGAGAGUGGAAAGGUCGAAGUGCAGGAGGUUCAGUCAACAACAGAGAAACCUUUCUUCACAACCCUCAGUAUGUGUUCAAAGUACCUCACGGAGAGGCAGAGGUGAUGCUGAGUCUGAUGCAGGAAGAUCCUCGCUCUGCCCUCAGCUCUGUCGGUGGCAAGAACUUUGCCAUCGGAUUCUACAUCAUGAAAGUGGAGGAGAACAGAGAGUACCGUCUCCAUGUCAUCCAGGAGAAGGUGGGGACCGUCACCUUCACCAACAGACGCUCCGUCUUUGGCCUCUUCUCCCUCAACCACGGCACCUACGUGGUGGUACCCUCCACCUUUGAACCCCACCAGGAGAGGUCCUUUCUACUGAGGAUCUUCAGCGAGAGAUCUCACCAUGCCAAGGAGCUGAAGCUGGAAGCCCCAGAGCGAGGAGUGAUGGGAGUGCUGUGCUGCUGUCUCUGGAGGAGACCACGAGCUCUGGUCACUGUCCACUUGGAGAAUGCACACGACCUCAAGAAACAAGACAUGACCGGAGCUGGGGCCGACCCAUACUGUAUUGUAAAGUGUGGUGGACAGAAGGCAGAGACACCAGUCAUC